AUGAUUCGGUGUGCUGGAGCCGAUUGUGGCAAAGAUGCCGCCAGUUUGAAAUGCCCGACCUGUUUGAAGGCUGGUGUGGACAGUUAUUUCUGUGAUCAGACGUGUUUCAAGCGGAAUUGGGGCGUUCAUAAGGCCAUUCAUCCUAAGAAAGCUGGUGAUACUGGUGCUACUGGAACUGCCAUUGGUGGUACUGAAGAUUCAUACAAUCCAUUUCCCGAGUCUGUUUAUACAGGAAAACUACGAGCUUGUUAUCCAUUGAGUCCUCGUAGACCCGUUAAAGACUCGGUGGUUCUGCCGGACUAUUCAGGAGAUGGCCAGCCUCGAGCCGAGCAGUCGGUAGGUCGAAACACCCAUAUCCAGAUCAAUACUCCGGAAAUGAACGAAAAAAUGCGAAAACUCGGUGUCCUUGCCAGAGAAGUGCUUGAUAUUGCUGCGGCAGCCGCCGUUCCUGGAGUCACUACUGACGAACUGGAUGCUAUCGUUCACCAAGCAUGCAUGGAUAGAGACGCUUAUCCCAGUCCUCUAAACUACUAUAACUUUCCGAAAUCCGUUUGUACCAGUGUCAAUGAAGUCAUCUGUCACGGAAUUCCCGACAAGUAUGUUUUGAAAGACGGCGAUAUCGUCAACCUGGACGUGACUCUGUACAAAUGGGGAGUAUACAGUGAUCUUAACGAGACAUAUUACGUUGGCGAUAAAGCCAAAGCUGAUCCUGACACAGUUCGACUCGUGGAAACCACUCGUGAGGCUCUCGACCUCGCCAUAGCCACCAUCAAACCUGGAACCCUCAUUCGAAGCAUCGGUGACGUCAUCGAGAAACACGCCAAAGCCAACAAAGUAUCGGUCGUUCGCAGCUACAUUGGCCACGGAGUCAACGACCUGUUCCACUGUGCGCCUAACGUACCUCACUGUAAGUUUUUGCGGGUCUGCCUCCAGCAGCUGGGGCUCCUUUCGCUUCGCUCGAGUCGUUCCGUCGACGAUGCCCCUCUAUCUCCUGCGAAGCAGGAGCAACCAGGGUCUGGGGCGGAGCCCCAGCCGCCGGAGGCAGUCCUCUACCCCGAAAACCCCCAUACUAACCCCCGUAGACGGCAAAAACAAAGCCAUUGGUAUCUGCAAACCGGGCAUGACCUUCACGAUAGAGCCCAUGCUGUGUCUGGGAACGUACCACGACAAACGCUGGCCCGAUAA